AUGACGAACCGAGGGAGAGGGAAAAGGAAAGGGGAAGGAAAGGGAAAAGGAAAUAUGUCGGAAACCAAAUCAUCUUCCUCUGCAGCAAUGUCGAGUUGCAAUUUCCCCCAAGACCUGAUCGUUCAAAUACUCUCAAGACUUCCAGUCAAAUCUCUCCUCCGCUUCAAGUCCGUGUCCAAACCCUGGCUUGUCCUUAUCAAGAACCCUAAAUUCAUCUCACUCCACCUCAAUCACACCGAUAUGAACCCCAAGAACGACGCUGUAAUCAUCCACGGUCUCUCCCUAUGGUAUGACCACAUCAUGUCUCUUUGCAAUGUCAAUCCUAUUGACAACAAACCCAUCAAUCUUGACCACCCUUUCCCAGAAAUCUUCCUCCAAAUGGACUUGGUGGGUUCGUGUAAUGGCCUUGUCUGUCUCGGUUGCCCACCUCUGGGUCAAAUGAUCGUUCUAUGGAACCCUUCAACGAGAAUGUACAAGACAAUUCGACUUCCAAGCACAAAAAUGGAUCAAGGCGAAGUUGAUAAAGUUUCUCUCGGCCUUGGCUUUGACCCAGUUGAAAAUGAUCACAAAAUCGUGCGGAUAAUGUGUAUGAGGCCGAAAAUGCCAAAGAAAAUACAAGUGAAAGUUCAGGUGUACUCGGUUAAUAGGGAUUCUUGGAAAAGGAUUCAGGUUGAGACCCCAUUUUAUCUAUUCCAGACUAGGUGCAAUGCAAUUGUGAAGGGAAUACCCUAUUGGACUGCGUUUAUCGAAUCGGAGUCUAAAUUUCUUGAGGUUUUGCUAUUUUUCGACACCCAGAAUGAGGUGUUUCUGCAAGGGGCAGUGCCAAAUUUUCCCAUGGGCGAAGGGACUAAUGCACGACUCGUGGAAUUGAAGGAUGGUCUUGCUUCGCUUGUUUACUAUUUGAGCGAAGAAUCGAACAAAGGUGUAUGUGUUGAUGUUUGGGUGUUGGAUGAUUGCAAGAAGAGUUGGAGUAAGAAGUUCAGUGUUGGACCAAUUCCGUUUAAGGUGGAGAGACUCAUUCAGUGUUCAAAGAAUGGAGAGAUUGUAGCAGAGGGUACUAAAGGAAAACUGUUCCUGUAUGAUCCCAAAACUAAUGGAAUUAAAAAUAUUUCAAUUGACGAAGUUCAGGCACAUUCAUAUGAAGCUUUUAGCUACACAGAGAGCUUGGUUUCAAUCAAGGGGAUGAAACAACUAGGACUGUAG